AUGGCAACACCAAAAAGAUCAUAUGAUCAACAACAACAACAAAUUGUGCAACAAGUGAAGAACUCAGGAAUGAUUAACAACAUUCAGAGUCCAAGAAGAGAUGAAAGAGAAGAGGAAAUGUCAAGAUCAGUUCUAGCAAUGUUUAGAGCAAAGGAAGAAGAAAUUGAGAGGAGAAAAUUGGAGGUUAGAGAUAAAGUUCAUGCUCAUCUCGGUCGAGUCGAGAAGGAAACAAAGAGGUUGGCUGAGAUAAGAGAAGAGAUAGAGGGUUUCACAGAUCCAAUGAGGAAAGAUGUUGCAAUGGUUAGAAAGAAGAUAGACAUGGUGAACAAAGAGUUGAAACCAUUGGGUCAAACAUGCCAGAAAAAGGAGAGAGAAUACAAUGAAGCUCUUGAGGCUUUCAAUGAGAAAAACAAAGAAAAGGCUCAACUUGUUACUAAAUUAGUAGAGCUUGUGACUGAAAGUGAGAGGGUGAGGAUGAAGAAGCUGGAGGAGCUAAGCAACAACAUAGAUAUUCUUCAUUGA